AUGACUUCGAUUCCGAACGAACAGUACUACGAAGCGUUUGAGUUACGCAGCAGACUGAGCUCGGAGGAUGUAUGGCAGCCUGGUGAAUACUUCGGAUUUGAGUGGCUGGAGAGUAAGCAAAUCAGCUCAUCAAGACACAAAAUCCGUACCCGUGCGAUUACUAACCAUGAAAAUGGAAAAGAUGAGCGAAAGGGGAGAGUUAUGCCAUCCUUCACGAUAGAUCAGCUUUCGGAGCGCCCUUUCUGCCCCCUUCGAAUCAUACAGAUUCGUGCCACUUGA